CUACUUGUGUCUAACUGGGGAAUGGGAUGAUCUGAACGGGGAGGGGGCGUGGCUUGUGGUGCUCACGUGACUUGCCUGCAGCUCAGUGCUGCUUCCUGGAUCAGAUAGUGUAGACACACACAGUCAGUGUUAAUUUCAGAGAAGUUUUCCGAUGCCGCGGACUGUGGCCGUCCUUGGCGGAGGGGUCAGUGGCUUGUCCGCCUGCUUCUACCUCUCCCGGAGCCCCCAGGCGCCCAAGGUCAUCCUUCUCGAAAGCAGCAGCCGCUUGGGAGGCUGGAUCAGCUCCACGCGGACAGAGGACGGAGCUGUUUUCGAACACGGACCCCGAGGGGUCCGUCCCGCCGGGAAUGUGGGCAAGAAUACCCUCCUUAUGGUCUCCGAACUUGGACUCGAAAGCGACCUCCUUCCCGUCCCGGGCGACCACCCGGCCUCCAAAAACCGCUACUUGUAUCUCCAAGGGGCUUUGCAUAAACUCCCCUCAAGCCUCGGCGGCAUUGUCCGGACGGUGCCUCCGUUCACCCGUCCUCUGCUCUGGAGCGGACUCAAGGAACUGGUGGCACCUCGAGGAUCCGAACCCGACGAGACCAUCCAUGCCUUUGUCAAGCGUCGCUUCGGCCAGGAGCUGGCGGACAUCGUGAUUGACAGCCUCUGCCGCGGGGUGUUUGCGGGCGACUGCCGUGCGCUGAGUGUGCGCUCCUGCUUCCCGGCUCUUUUCCAGGCCGAGCGGGCACACCGAUCCGUCAUCCUGGGCAUGACCUUGGCUGGAGGGAAAGGGGCUCCCGCCUUGGACUCCCCGCUGAUCCGCAGGGCCAAGGAGGAGCGCUGGAGCCAGUGGUCCCUCCGGGGUGGGAUGCAGACCCUCCCGGAAGCCCUGGAAGCCUUCCUCAAGCAGCGCGGGGCCGAGAUCCACCGGGACACCCCUGUCAAGCGGAUGGAGAGGACGGCAUCCGGAUCCUGGAGGAUAAUGCUGGACGACGGGAGCAUCGAGGCCGACCACGUCAUCAGUGCUUUGCCCGCCAAAGCACUCGCGGCAUCUCUCCCCGCCUGGGCCGAACCACUUUCUCGCGAGCUUCUAAACAUCCGAGCGGUGUCCGUAGCCGUGGUCAACCUGGCGUAUGGCAACGUGGGGCUCCCCGUGAUGGGUUUUGGGCACCUGGUGCCGUCUUUUGAGGACAACGCCUUACUCGGCAUCGUUUACGACUCGGUGGCAUUUCCUGAACAGGACGGAUCCGGUGGGCCUGCCAUUCGCCUCACGGUGAUGCUGGGCGGUGCAUGGUUCAAGCCGGGACUUGGAGACCCCGACACAGUCUCCCACGCGAUGUUACUGAGUUGUGCCAAAGCAGCCGUCAAGAAACAUCUUGGGAUCCAUGCCGAGCCUUCUCGGGCCAUCGUCAAGGUGCAGAAGGCGUGCAUCCCGCAGUAUGAAAUCGGUCACUGGAAGCACAUAGAGAAUGCAGCCACUUACCUGGUGCAGCAGAAACUACCUCUGAGUCUGAUCGGGGCUUCCUAUGAAGGCGUCUCCGUCAACGACUGCAUCUCUGGUGCUCGGGCAGCAGCGGUCAAGCUCCUCGGCCAGACUUGAAAACGGAGGUCGUGCUUACGUUUGGAUUCUUUGUGCUAGAUCUCAGGGUCUCUUAAGAAAACCAAGACGGCAGGACCAUUGGCCUCCGACUUCUUACUGCUUUUAAAAUGUGGAAGGUGGAAUUUUUUUGCCAUCCCUGUUUGGAACUGAAAUCCCUUUCUGCUUGACUGGGCAAAACAGAGAUUUUCUCAGAACAGCAAGCAGGACUCGUCCUCUUGCCACCAUUGCAAUGGCAUUUUAGAAAUGUGAUGUAUCCGAUUGGUCUUCCUAAAUUUUUUGCCCACUGGGUCAUGCAUCCUUUAACUUGUUCAGUUUCAGUGUUCCACUCUAAUAACUUAUUAUAAAUAUUUGCAAUUGUUUUUUUUCCCGA